UCCAUGCCCGGCCGGCCUUUUACUCUUUGCAGACUUGAUGGGAAAAGAUCUGGGGGUCCCGGGGAAGGAGCGGGGUGCUGACGGGGAGGUUCAGGGGGACCCCAGGUGGCAGCUGAUUAACUGGGAGGAGGAUGUUUCAGUGUCUCCACAGCUGCACAUCUGUACGGGGCCCACCCGCUGCGCUCCGGCCUCUCCGCGCUUCCCGUGACCCAGCGUCCGCCUCUCCAGGGGGGCACUCACACCGGGAAGAGUGAGGUGGGGAUGCGGACAAGAGAGGGGACCCUCUCGGGGCUGGGACAGGGCCUGACCCCCUUCUUUGGGUCCCCAGAUGUGGACGAGUGCAGCUCCGGGCAGCAUCGCUGCCACCCGUCCACCGUGUGCACCAACACCGUGGGAUCGUACAGGUGCCGCUGCCGCCCAGGCUGGAAGACCAAACCUGGGCUCCCGAAUAACCAGAACAUCACUGUCUGUGAAGAGACGCCCUUUACCAACUGGACCCCGCCCCCAGGCAUCCACAGCCGGGUGAGUGGCCCCAGCAGGGACCAGGAGGCAGAAAAACCCCACACACAGCCCCAGGAUUUGAGUUUGUCUCGCUUCUUUGACAAAAUCCAGGAUCUGGGCAGAGACUUCAACCUCAGCCCCGGGCACCAUCAAGUGCCAGCAACUCUCUCUUCCCUCAACCCCGGCUGGGCGCGAAGCUCUCGAGUCCUCACCUCCGCCGGAAUCCGGGCCCCAGAGCCGCUCCUGGGGCGGGGCCUAGACCGCCCCUCCACGCAGGGAGAUGGGCUAGAGAGGCUGUGGCUAGAACCUGUCAAUCAGUCUCCGCAGGUUCCUGUGUCCCAUCGCUUCACCUUUCACUCAGGAGCCAGGGGGCGGGGCUUGAAGCCCUAUCCAAUCACGGGCGCUGAGGCGGGGCCUGGGAACGCCCAUUACAACGUGCGGGACGACCUGCAAACUCUGUUGCGUUGUGGGCCGGUUCCGCUGGUCACGAGAGCCGUAGAGAAGACGCCAGGUCACCCCGCGAGCUGGGAAAUGGACCCAGUGACCUUUGAGGAUGUGGCUGUGAACUUCACCCCCCAGGAGUGGGCUUUGCUGGAUCCUUCUCAGAAGAAUCUGUACAGAGAUGUGAUGCAGGAAAUCUUGAGGAACCUGGCAGCUAUAGGAAAAAAAUGGAAAGGAAAGAACAUCGAAGAUGAGUGUAAAAAUCCGAGGAUAAAUCUAAGGUACAUGAAAGAAUUCACACUGGAAAGAAACCAUAUGAAUGUAAGGAAUGUGGGAAAGCCUUCAUACAUUUCAGUUCCUUUCAUAGACAUGAAAGGACGCACACUGGAGAAAAACCCUACGAAUGUGAGCAAUGUGGGAAAGCAUUUGCUCAGUGGAGGAGCAUUCAGUGUCACAUGAGAAUGCACACUGGAGACAGACCUGAUGAAUGUAAGAUAUGUGGGAAAGCCUUUUAUUCUCCUGGUUCACUUCAAAGACAUGA